UGAAAUAUGACAAGAGUUCCGAAAUAAAUGCUGCUGUGAUUAUAUUUGAAUAUUCAGAUUUCGAUAGUAUUGGAUAUCACAGUGGAAAAGAGGUAAAUAUUUUUCGUAGUUUAAUAGAUUUGACUGAUUCUCGAAAUAGAUCUCGAAAUAAAACCUCACCUUUUAUGAUAAAAGUUGAUUGGAGAAAUCCGUAUGGUGAAUUGCCCGCUUCGGAUUAUCCUAAGCUGCCG